AUGGAUAUUGUGAAGAGGGCGACAAGGGACAACCCCCCUCCCAGGACAGGAGAUACUGACGGGCGCACAACUCCUGAGGGAAGUGUGGAGGAUGCGAAGACUGGCCUACCUAUUGGGAUAUCCGAUGCCUUCACCUUCAACCAUCCAUACCACCCUAUCCAUUGGCCUACAUGGAAGAGAUGGUGUAUUUCAAUCGUUUAUUGCACACUUCAAGUUUUCGUCACUAUUCGAUCUACGAAUUACUUGUCAGUCUUGCCCUUGAUUCAGGAGAAAUGGGGAGGAUCGCUUCAAGUCAUAACUCUGGGCCAGAGCAUGUUUAUUGUUGGUGCAGGUUGUGGACCUAUUUUCCUAGGCCCCCUAUCGGAUAUAUGGGGCCGGAAAUGGGUGUAUGUCUGCUUUACCUACCUCUAUGCAUUGGUAAGUGUGGGGACAGCAAUACCCAAUGGUCUACCGAUGCUCAUCAUUUUUAUGUUCUUGUCGGGCGUUACCGGGUCGGUAGCUAUGUGUAACGUUGCCGGAACGAUCGCCGACUUGUUCGGGGAUGAUGCGGGAGCUGGUCAACCAAUGGGUCUUUUUGUCGUGUCGGCAAAUAUAGGCCCUUCCCUCGGGAGUCCGAUAGGGGCGUGGAUUGCUCAAAAUCCAAAAUUAGGUUUGCCUUGGACUGGAUGGAUUAACGUUAUUAUCGGCGGGGUGUUUGCCACGUUUCUUAUAUUUCUUCCCGAGACCCUUCCAAGAAUUGCCAUUCAGAAGGCGUUAAAAGAGAAGGAUGGUGUAGAAUUAAAGUUGCCUCAGAGGAAUGCACUUGAGGAUCUCACCUUCACAUUGACUAUGACGUUCAAGAUCCUGAUAUUUGAGCCUAUCGUCCUGUCUCUAAGUCUCUUUGACGGCUUUAUAUAUGGUCUUGGAUUCUUGUUUCUUGAAAGCGUGACAAAAAUCUUUGUUACCAACUAUAGAUUAUCAUUUACUAGCGCCGAUCUUACCUUCUUAGGUUUCGGAACUGGAGUGGUGAUCAUGUUCAUCUUCCUCUUACCUUUGCAAACAUGGCUCGUGAAGCGCGAUCGCGAGAAUAAUGGUGGUAAGAUUUGUCCGGAAGCUCGUUUUUUACUUUCCCUAUUCUUGGUAUGGGGUCUUCCAAUCUCACUCUUCUGGUGCGCUUGGACAUCUGCACCUCACUUGGGUCAUACUACCUACUGGAGCCCCAUUUGCGCCGGGACAAUGCUAGGCACAGUCAUUCCCCUAGUUUGGCUGGGAAUUCUGAAUUACGUUGCCGAUUCAUACCCUAAUUUGGCCGGAUCGGCCAUCGCAGCUUCCCUCGUCCCUGCAUUCGCUGUUGGUGCUGCUUGCGCGCAUCUCGGUAUAUGGAUUUUCCAGCGUCUAACUGUCCAAGAGGCGAUAAGUAUCCUUGGGGGUGUUAGUCUGGGUGUUGUUAUCUUGAUUUAUACCGUGUAUUUUUUUGGGCCGACCUUGAGGACAUACAGUCGAUACGCUCGGAAGUUCUAG